AUGACCAAUAUAAAAAGUGUUAAUUUUUACGACUUGUGUCGAAUUUGCACGACCACAACAACAAAUACCGGAAAAAUUGAAAUAUUUUCCGCUGAAGGAAAGUCUAAAAAUAUGAAUGGAAAAUUAGCGGAAUGUUUAUCCUUGAAUGUAGAGGAGUCGGAUCGCUUGCCAAAAGUUGUGUGCCAACAAUGUUUGCAAAAUCUGGAAAAUUUUUCGGAAUUUCGAAAUCUAUGUCGGAAUUCCCAAAUGAUGUUAAAUUCAUGCUUGGACUCGUCCCAGAAUGGCGCAAAAGUUGUAGUAAAGGACACAGCUGGGAAAUGUGGCAAUGUACUUAAUAGCGGGAAUACAUCUGCGACUUUGCAGCCACAACAAACAUUGUCAUUACAGCAACAACAAACGCCCUUUCAACAGCCGCAAACGCCUGUAUUCACACUGCAAGGCUCGAAUUUAGUGGCACAGGCAAUGCCAACAACAACAAAUGGAACAAAUCAGGAUUUCCUUAAUUCCAUAAUGCAAGCAGUUGGAAUACAGCCAGAAAAACCUGCUGUGCCUCAAUAUACCAUUACAUUGGAUAACUCGGCCCAACAGAAUAUUAAUCAGCAGUUACAACAACACAUGACAAAUCAAGCUAAUGCUGCAGCCGAAAAAGAAAAGGAGCUUAAGAAUAAUGCCUUGGAGGAGUUUUUAAGGCUGAAACCAAAUAUAAAGGUAACACCUAUAGGAAAGAAACAUCAGCCGCAACAACAACAUCAGCAGCAACAGCAAGUACAAGCCCAACAAGAACAAAUAAUCCAACAGCAACAAAUUCAACAACAGCAGCAGCAACAACAAGAGCAAUUAGUCCAACUUCAGUUGCAACAGCUACAUCAGCAAUUGCAAUUAUUAACCUCACAACUACAACCUCAACAAAUCACCAUUUCAGCGCCGCCUUCUGACAAUGAAGAUUCCAGUCCGUCAAAGAAUAAAAAGCCGAAAUUAAAUUUUGUACUCACAACUCCCAACAACAAUAACAACACUCCGGCUGCUACCCUCUCAACUCCCAUACCACAAUUAACAACUUCCCAACUUGCCGCACCACAAAUACAAUUUCAAUUACAACCAUCCUUGGGACCACAAGCCAUAUUGCAAACUAAUCAGCCCAAUGCAGCUGCUGCAACGUUGCUCUCGAAUUUAGCCCCACUUCUACAGCCACAAACGCAAUUAAAUGCUGCUGCCGCAUUACAGGCACAAUCGUUGGCCAAUGUGGCCCAAAACUCAUCUGCGAAUAUCUUGUCUCCCAAUAAGUGUUACUUGCCGAUAACAAUUAAGGAUGAAAAUACAGAUCAACAAUUUGUGGCACAUAUUGAUGCUAAGAAUUUUAUCUUACCCACAACAUAUCAAUUGCAAAUGAAGCUCCAACCACAAAUAACCGGCCAACCCAUAAUGCAAUUGGCACCAACCAUACAAUUAGCCCCCAAUCAAACAUUCCCAACAGCAGCCACUGUUGCAGCAUUAAAUAAUAAUUCUUCAGCUGUAUCUAUGAAUCAGGCCCAGGCUUUACAACUGACUCCAGCCACACCACAAGUGCAACAGACACCAGUAUCCAAACCAGAACUAUCAACUCCUCAACAACAGAGUCAAACAUUUAAACAACCUGCUCCUCCGGCUACAUCAAAAAAUAUACAAAUAACAUCACAGCAAAUAAUUAAUCCAUCCGUAGAUAUUAAAAAGGAAGACCCCUCAGAGGAGAAUAAAACAAAAUCUUCAUCCUCAUCUCAGGAUCAAGGCAGUCGUCCAGCAUAUAAGAUAUCACAAGCCCAAGGUGUCAAUGCCAUUGAAAUAACACCAACCACCAGUUUUACCCAACAAAUAAUGCAACAAGUGCAACAGCAGCAAAAACAAAAACUUCAACAACAACAGCAGCAACAGCAGUCCAAUAGUGCAACACUAACAACGCAGCAUGGAGGAAUAACGGUUCAACGUAUAACAACAAAAACUUCGAAUCAAAAUGCUGUUCCCAACACAACGAACAGUGAAACUAAUGAAAAGCAUUCCAAAAAGUCUCCAACCCAAAAUCUACCAAAAUUACCGAUUUUAAAUAAAAAUAAUAUAACAAUAAGUCGUGUUACGACAACAACACAAAAUCAGUCAUCACAGAAUCAAACGCAGAAAUCCUUAAUGGCAGCAAAUCGUAAUCAGGUUGUAAAAGUAACAACAAAUGGGCCGACAACAAAUACCACACUAAAAGUUGUAACACAACCCCAACCACCUAAAAGUCAUUUGCAACUAACAGCAACGAAAUUUGUCAAGAAAAUUAAUUCCAAUACGACCGGUGGUAGUACACCGAUUGCCGAACAAAAUCCCAGUACGGAACAAGGGCCUACGAAUGAUGCCACAACAUCAUCUACUACCGCUACGGAUAGCAUUUCCACACAACAGAUUUCUGUAACCAGUGCUGAUCUGAAUACAAGUGGUUCUGGAUCUGCAUCUGGUUCUGGUAAUAAUAUCGAAUGUUCACAAUGUGGUCGAGUUUUUAAGAAAAAGGAACACCUAACCCAACAUUUGAAGUUGCACACCGGCAUACGACCGUUUAAAUGCAACGAAGAGGGCUGUCCCAAGGCUUUUAACCGCAAAGAACAUUUAUUGCGACAUUUAGUUUCACAUUCUGGCAAGAAAAUGUUUAGUUGUGACAUUUGUCAGAAGCCAUUUUCUCGAAAGGAUAAUCUAAGUAAACACAGGAAAAUUCAUACCGAAACGAAUGGUAAUAAUUUCGUUUGUGAAAUUUGUAAUAAAACAUUUGUGGUCAAGGCAUAUUAUAUUCAACAUAAAUUGAUGCAUAAAACCAAUACACAACAGACUGAGGAAGAUAACAAACCUGAUGAUAUUAUGGAUGAAAAUAAUACCAACAAUAACAGAGAAUCUCAAAAUCAGAACGAGCAACAAAAUCAACAACAGCAGCAAUCAUCAACCGCCACACAAUUAGCCACGGCAACAAUUUCUCAACAACCGCAACAAACCCUACACUAUGUACCGCAAAUAAUGCAUAUGGUUACAACACAAGAUAUGUCCGGUAGUACAAUAACAAUACAGGCCACACCAUCCUCAUCGUCUUCGAAUAAUCCAAAUUCUACAACUCUAAAAGGACACGAUGCCACGGUAUUAAAUCUGCCCACGUCUUUAGCUAACUUUGUGCAAUUGUCUCAGGCACAAUUUGUUAAUGCAUCGACGGGACAAAUAAUGGGUCAUUUAAAAAUUGAGAAAUGA